GAACGGUCCGGUCGGCUGAAUCUUUGUUUAUUUCUCUUUUCAAUAUAACUUGAUUUCUGGUGAACAGCUAAUAUCUGUUUAGAAACCCAUGUCAGAACGCUCUCUGCUGGGUGAACAAAAAGAAGAGCCACCGCCACCACCUUCGAAAAUACCAGAAACUGUAAAGAAAAUAAUAUCGAUGGAGAAGGAGAACGAAAGCAACGCGACGCGUAAGUCAAGGAUCGACCUCAAUGCCUUACCGACACGGCAAUACUUGGACCAAACUGUGGUCCCGAUACUCUUACAAGGGCUAUCCGCCUUGGCUAAGGAGAGGCCACCGGACCCAAUCAACUACCUCGCAGCAUACCUUUUGAAGAACAAGUGUACCUUUGACAAUCCUACCUCUGGCUCAAAUAAUAAUGCACCACAGAAUCCACAAUCAUAAUAGCUAUUAAAGUGACUGGUUUUAUAGUUGGAAUUAUAGUUAGCAGCUGGAAUGUAGCAGCUUCAUAUCUCCCUUUCUCACAUUGUCAAGUAAAUUUCAAAGAAAGAGGGAAUAUGAUGUAUCUGGACACUCUGGUUGUAUUGUCGCCUAUAGUUUACCCAUUAGUCUUAAGUACUUAUGACAUGUAUAUUUGGGAUGAACAAUUGUUUUCUGAGCAAUUUUCAUAACUUACCUGUGUUCACAUAGCAAUGUUUAUAAUGUUAUUGCUACAAACAAGUAAUUUAAAACUUAAGAAUACUACACUACAUGAUAGCAAGCUUGACACAGACACUAUAUAGCGUGAUACAGCAAUUGUGUGCAAUUGGGUGAUUGAGCUCAUUAGUAACAUACACAACUGUGCAUUCCAACAUGUACCAGUUUCAUGCAGUCUGUCCUGCGCUACUAGCCUUUACAUGUAUGCUCCUGAGCAAUCAUGCGGUAAAGAACUUUAGCUUAAAAUAUUUCAAACAGGUCGCGCAUGAUUUCGUGUGCAGGCUUUCCUGCGUGCAAUCCUGUAUUCUCCUGAUCACGCACAAAGUGACUGUGUAAAGCUUGGCCUAUUGUUAAUUGUACUUGAAUGAAACAUUUUCUGUUUGAAUUCAAAUUUAGAAGGCUGAACGAGCUAACAUUUAAGUUUUAUCACACAUUAUGAGUUCGAAGUUUGAAUUUAGUUUUGAGUAUGUUGUUCAAUCUGGUAUUGUUAUUUUUAUUUAAAAAAUCAGCACUAUCAUCAGUGUGUGUUAGCUCCUGAAACAAAUUUUUACACUGCGCUUUUAAAUUCGAUGUUUUUUUUGCGCAGUUGCAGUGACACUCGUGACAUGCGCGCGCCAUUUUUACAGUCAACUUCAACUUUUAUAUGUAUGGCUCCGUCGUUUAGCGAGACGAUUUCGCCAACGUCAGGGUUGACAGACAUGUAGAGUGGUGGUGAGAUAGAUUGCCGCUUAUUAUUUUUACAGUCGAAAUUUGUAAACUAAAAAUUACUGUCACUGUCAGAUCCGUCACAGGCUGUAUAGUAUUAUGCCAAAGCCGUUAAAACUACAUAAAAAGUCGCGCCACUGCAGUGCUUCUACAAGCAUCUAUUUUAAAGUUUUUUCAAUUCUUUCAAGUUGUCCUUACGACUUUCAAAGAUUAUUUCAAUUGACACAUCUAAGUUACAAGUAGGUACUUAAUAUAUAAAACUCAUAAUGCUUUGUCUUUUUUUUUUCAAUUCUAUAGUGGAGUUCAAACAAAAUGAUGCUUCCAACAAACUUAAACUCCAUAAACAUAAUUAAUAAUAAUUGUAAAUGCCACGACAUCCAAACCUUUUUUUUUGUUCACCCAUUAUUAAUGUUAAUCAAAUAUUUUCUCAUAUGUGAUGCUUAGCAUUUUUGUAUAAUAUUCAACAUG